CCAAGUUAACAAGUUGCCGGCCGAAAUAGAUUUCAUUUUCAGUUUUGGUCUCGGCUUCGGUUUCUGUUUCAGUUUCGAUUUUUUUGUGCUCAAACGCACUUUAGUUUCGGUUUCCGUUUCGUUUUCGAUUUCGAUUGCUCUGCACUCGAGUGUUAUAGAUAUAUAUUUUUUGGAGUGUCCGAUUGAUUGGCCGAUUGAUUAGCGGGCCACGUGAAACAUGCAAUUCGGUGAGAAGAGGAAGUUAAUAAUUGCUGGAUGCAUCCUGCUGAUGGCGAUGCUUCUGGUCCAGGCGGAGGAUCUCGGCUCCAAGGAUGCACCCCACAUAAGGCACAAGCGCGGAAUCUUCUGGGAUUUUUUCCAGAAAAUGGUCAUCACCAAGAACCUCAUUGUGGAUCAAUACACGGACACCCGCAACACUCUUAACGAUAUUUAUAAUACUGUGAAUGAACAAUUCAGCGAUCCUGGUCCCGAGAAACCCACAAGUCGUCCUCGGGUGACGACCGAGAAAACUGUGAUUCUUAUGAUUUUUGUAUUAGUAAAAAUCUAUAUGGUAUAUUUUUAUAUUUAUUACAAGUCCAUAAGCGGAGAGGAGAGCGGCAGCAAUAGCGAGGAGCCCACCACAACGGAGGCCUUCCAGAUCUCCCGUUACGAACUGGGUCGCAUUCUGGGCAGAAACUUCCGGGGUCUUCAGAAGUUGGCCAUGACCGAGUUCAACACGGCCCUAAAUGCCACCAAAUACAACCUGGCCGAGUACAAAUCGGAGGCGGAUAAACAGUUUGCCAACAGUUUGGCGGUGGAGAAGAAGAACAAGCUGAAGAGUCUCAAGGGCUGAGGAGCCACGCCCACUCGCCUUCCCAUUUUCCAUUUCCCAGUGCCUGAAGGUGAUAGUUGUCUCUGUGAUAGGUUGAUGACUGCAUCCCCCCACCCCCCUUUUUUUUGCCUAUUUAUUUUUGUUCAAACAAAAAGCGGAUGUGGGUCCCCAACGCAUGCGGAUUCGUGUCUACGACUAUUGUGUGUCAAAUUAAAAAGUUUUCUGUCAUAAUUUUAUUGAUAAACUUUUAAGUUAAAAAAGGAGCACCGAAAAAAAGUGGAAAACAAACACCGAAACGGAAGAGAGCAACCGAAAAGGACAAGGACGAAAAAAUAAAAACAUUGUAAGACGGAAAAGCUGGGAAAACUGUACAGAAAUUGAAGGUCUGUGUUCGGUGUUCUGGACGUUUUGUUUUUAGGGUUUCUAUGGGUAUAUUUAUUAUUUUUCUACUGUUAGUUUAUAAAGUAAAAAUAAUUAAAUAAAAUCAAUAUUGUAUUUAUAAAUAUAAAUAGGACCCAAAUUCGAUAAAGUUUUGUUAUUCCUAAGUGUUGAACUAAACUUUGUUAACUUGAAUAAAAUACAAGAAAAAUAA